UGCCUGGUCCCGCGGUAGCGCCAAUACCGCCUCCGUCCGGAAUUCCGAUCCUUUCUCCCGGAAGCGGAACGGGAGGGCCGGGAAUGCCCCCCGCACCUGUGGGAUUUGGUGGACAGCAGCUGAUGUCGCUGGUCAGAUCCUCGGUUUCCCCUGCUACCUGGCAGACUCACGGUAAUUCAUGGGUUCAAUGGUGGGGGAUUGUGGGUGAACGAGAUGUUGGCGCUAGGGAUGAUCUGCGGCUGGAGGUGACUGUGGAGUGGCUGUUGUAUUUGCGGUCCUUGCGGGUUUCUGCAGCGGUUGCGCAGCGCCGUCUAUCGGGCAUUGCGUUUCACUUUAAGCUGCGGGGAUGGUCGGAUGUUACCAAGCAUUUCGUUAUUCGGCAGGCUUUAAAGGGUUGGAGGAAGAAAUAUGUUUCCCGAGAGAGUCGACGGCCGGUCUCGUUUGGCUUACUCGGCAAGCUUAUUUCCCUGCUUCCCCAGGUUUGCUCAUCUCCCUUUGAGGUGGCCCUGUUUUCAGGCAGUUUUAGUUUGGCCUUUUUUGCGGCCCUUAGGGUCAGCGAGUUGGUUGCCCCUUCCUGUCGUAAACCGGGGGGGCUUUCUAGUGAUGAUGUUGUCCUGGGUAAUGAUUCGCUUAGGAUCCGGGUCCGGCGUUCAAAGACGGACCAAUUUGGGAGGGGCGCCUGGAUUCCCCUCCACCCGGUUCCUGGUGUGUCAUGCCCGGUUCAUCUGAUAUCACAGUAUAGUUCUUUGCGUUCUGCGGGUUGCAAUUUCUUUGCGCAUGCGGACGGCUCCCCCCUUACCAAAUUUCAGUUUGUUUCGGUUUUCAAGUCUUGUUUGGCUUUAUGUGGUGCCGAUCCCAAGGAAUUUGGGACUCAUUCUUUUCGUAUUGGGGCUGCUACUGAGGCUGCCAGGGCGGGUCUACCUGAAUCGGAGAUUAUGAGGAUAGGUAGAUGGAAAUCGGCCUGUUUUGCACGGUACAUUAGACCGGACCUUUUGUUAUAA